AGGCUGCACUACAGUUGUCAGAUGAGGUUCCCUAAAGAGUGCCUUGGCGAUCAUACUCGGGUCGUAGAUGGAUGUUGUUCUAAGCCGAAUCACCAAUCAUUCCGUGAAAAACUAGUCCCGUUGGAAUGCGUUUCCCUGUUUUCAAACAAGUGUGGUCGAUGUCCGAAUUUCGCCCAUUUUGAGACACCGGAGCGUCGCUUUCUGUAUCGCUAAAUGAUUAUGAUCCACCCCCUCGUUUUUAAUUUGAAGAAUCUAUUCGCCUUGGGAGAAGGCAUGUAAUCGACUACAACAAUAGCCGGCAGUCGAGUGUUUCCAGAGAAAGACACGAACGUAAUGGGGGGAAAGGGGGGAGGGUUGGCGUUUUUUCCUCCUGGCGGAAGGAGACGGCGCGAGACGCGUGUCGCUGCGCUCGGGCAGCAGAAUUUGGAAUCGUAGCGCCACUUAUCGCAGGAAGGAAAGAAUGGAGCGGAGAACAAUCCUGGUUACAUUAUAACUAUAAAGGAAUCUGUUACUGGACCAGUAAAUAUAUUCCGCGCUAGGAACAAAACACAGCGAUGCAAGCCCUGCGCUAAAUAAGAGCGGCAGAGGCAAGAAAACGGAGGAAGAUGGGCGCCGUGCUACGGAGUCUCUUUUUGUGUAGUUUUUGUUUGCAAAUACGGGCUGUGCCGCUCCUCUUGUACGCAAACCGACGGGACCUGAGGCUGGUUGACGCGGCGCAUGGGCGCAGCGGCAACGCCACAGUAGUGGUGAGCGGACUGGAGGACGCUGCCGCUGUGGACUUCGUGUAUGCACGCAGCCUGAUCUACUGGAGUGACGUGAGUGAGGAGGCCAUCAAGCGUGCCACCUUUGAUGGCUCGGGUCCUGGUGGCACCCAUGGCACUGUUGUGUCGGGCCUUGCCUCGCCCGAUGGGCUAGCCUGUGACUGGCUGGGUGACAAGCUCUACUGGACUGACUCAGAGACUAACCGUAUCGAAGUGGCUGAACUGGACGGGUCCUCUCGGAAGGUGCUGUUCUGGCAGGACCUGGAUCAGCCGAGGGCGAUCGCGCUGGACCCAGGCAGAGGUUACAUGUACUGGACGGACUGGGGCGAGAUCCCCAAGAUCGAGAGGGCAGGCAUGGAUGGCACGAAUCGCGCAAUAAUCAUCGACACGGACAUCUACUGGCCCAAUGGGCUCACCCUGGACUACAGCCAGCAGAAGCUGUACUGGGCCGACGCCAAGUACAAUUUCAUUCACCGCUCCAACCUGGAUGGCACGGGAAGAGAGGUGGUGGUAAAGGGCUCCCUGCCCCACCCAUUCGCCCUGACGCUGUACGAGGACACGCUCUUCUGGACGGACUGGAACACGCACUCCGUCCACGCGUGCCAGAAGCAGACGGGUGAAGACCGGCGGGAGGUCCACUCCAACAUCUUCUCGCCCAUGGACAUUCACGUCUUUAGCCAGAAGAGGCAGCCCAGCACCACACCAAGCCCCUGCUCCCUGAAGAAUGGCGGCUGCUCACACCUGUGCCUGCUGUCUCCGGUGAAGCCCUACUACCAGUGCGCCUGUCCCACCGGCGUGCAGCUGCUGGAGGACAACCGGACCUGCCGAAACGGUCCCACACAGCUCCUCCUUUUAGCGCGGCGCACGGACCUGCGGCGCAUCUCACUGGACAUGCCCGACUUCACUGACAUCGUGCUGCACGCCGACGACAUCCGCCAUGCCAUCGCCAUCGACUACGACCCCGUAGACGGCCACGUGUACUGGACGGAUGACGAGGUACAGGCCAUCCGCCGCUCUCGCCUUGACGGCAGCGACGCCCAGUUCGUGGUCACCUCCCAAGUGAACCACCCGGACGGCAUCGCUGUGGACUGGGUGGCCCGCAACCUCUAUUGGACGGACACAGGCACGGACCGCAUCGAGGUGACGCGCCUCAACGGCACCAUGAGGAAGAUCUUGAUCUCCGAAGACUUGGACGAGCCGAGAGCCAUCGUCCUGGACCCUGUUGCAGGGUACAUGUACUGGACCGACUGGGGCGAGACACCGAAGAUCGAGCGUGCAGCACUGGACGGCACGGAGCGUGUGGUGAUGGUGAACACCUCUCUUGGCUGGCCCAACGGCCUGGCGCUCGACUACGACGAGAGGAAGCUCUACUGGGGUGACGCCAAGACCGACAAGAUAGAGGUGAUGAAUAUGGAUGGCUCGGUCCGGCGGAUCUUGGUGGAGGACAAGCUUCCUCACAUCUUUGGCUUCACCCUGCUGGGCGAGUACAUCUACUGGACAGACUGGCAGAGGCGCAGCAUUGAGCGUGUGCACAAGCGCACGGCCGACAGGGAGGUCAUCAUCGACCAGCUGCCAGACCUCAUGGGUCUGAAGGCCACCUACGUCCAAAAGGCUUUUGGCACUAACCCGUGCGCCGAGGGUAACGGCGGCUGCAGCCACCUGUGCCUGUACAAGCCGCAGGGUGUGGCGUGCGCCUGCCCUAUCGGCCUGGAGCUCAUUGGCGACAUGAGCACCUGCAUCGUGCCUGAGGCCUUCCUGCUCUUCUCCCGCCACACGGACAUCCGCCGUAUCUCCCUGGAGACCAACAACAACAACGUGGCCAUCCCGCUCACUGGCGUCAAGGAGGCGUCCGCGCUCGACUUCGAUGUCACCGACAACCGCAUCUACUGGACCGACAUCACACUGAAGACCAUCAGCCGGGCGUUCAUGAACGGCAGCGCGUUGGAGCACGUGGUGGAGUUCGGCCUGGACUACCCCGAGGGCAUGGCUGUGGACUGGCUGGGCAAGAACCUGUACUGGGCAGACACAGGCACCAACCGGAUCGAGGUGGCGAAGCUGGACGGGCAACACCGGCAGGUCCUUGUGUGGAAAGACCUGGACAGCCCACGAGCCCUGGCCCUGGACCCGGCCGAAGGUUUCAUGUACUGGACAGAGUGGGGUGGCAGGCCCAAGAUCGACCGAGCGGCCAUGGACGGCACGGGCCGCAUCACACUGGUGCCCAACGUGGGCCGCGCCAACGGCCUCACCAUCGACUACGCCGAGAGACGCCUCUACUGGACCGACCUGGACACCACGCUCAUCGAGUCCUCCAACAUGCUUGGUCUGGAGCGAGAGGUGAUCGCCGACGACCUGCCUCACCCGUUCGGCCUCACCCAGUACCAGGACUAUAUCUACUGGACGGACUGGAGCCAGCGCAGCAUCGAGCGGGCCAACAAGACAAGCGGGCAGAACCGUACGCUCAUCCAGGGCCACCUGGACUACGUCAUGGACAUCCUGGUGUUCCACUCAUCACGGCAGGGUGGCUGGAACGCCUGUGCCUCCACCAACGGCCACUGCUCGCACCUCUGCCUGGCCGUGCCCAUCAGCAGCUACGUGUGCGGCUGCCCUGCCCACUACUCGCUCAACUCCGACAACAAGACCUGCAGUGCACCCACCUCCUUCCUGCUGUUCAGCCAGAAGAUGGCCAUCAACCGCAUGGUGAUGGAUGAGCAGCAGAGCCCGGACAUCAUCCUGCCCAUCCACAGCCUGCGCAACGUGCGCGGCAUCGACUACGACCCGCUCGACAAGCAGCUCUACUGGAUCGACUCCAAGCAGAAUGUCAUCCGCCGCGCCCAGGAGGAUGGCAACCAGAGCAUGACCGUGGUGUCCAACGCGGCGGCCGGUCACAGCCUGGGCUUGCAGCCGUAUGACCUGAGCAUUGACAUCUACAGCCGCUUCAUCUACUGGACCAGCGAGGUCACCAAUGUCAUCAACGUCACACGCACAGACGGGUCGCGGGUCGGAGUGGUCCUCCGCGGAGAGCACGACAAGCCCCGGGCCAUCGUGGUGAACCCAGAGAGAGGGUACAUGUACUUCACCAACCUGCAGGAGCGCUCACCCAAGAUCGAGCGCGCCGCCCUGGACGGCACGGAGCGGGAGGUGCUGUUCUUCAGCGGCCUGGGCAAGCCCGUCGCCCUGGCCGUCGACAACGAGCUGGGCCGCCUCUUCUGGGCUGACAUGGACUUGCGGCGUAUCGAGAGCAGCGACCUCUCCGGUGCCAAUCGGAUCGUGAUCGAGGACUCCAACAUCCUGCAGCCAGUGGGCCUGACUGUGUUUGGGAAACACCUCUACUGGAUCGACCGGCAGCAGCAGAUGAUCGAGCGCAUCGACAAGACAACACGCGAGGGCCGAACCAAGAUCCAGGCGCGCAUCGCCUCCCUGACGGACAUCCACGCCGUGCACGAGCUCAACAUGGAGGAGUACAAUAAGCACCCCUGCACGGCAGACAACGGCGGCUGCUCACACAUCUGCAUCGUGAAGGGUGACGGCACAACCCGCUGCUCCUGUCCCGUCCACCUGGUCCUGCUGCAGGACGAGCUCUCUUGUGGAGAGCCGCCCACGUGCUCGCCCGAGCAGUUCUCGUGCACAUCGGGCGAGGUGGACUGCAUCCCGCAGGCGUGGCGCUGCGACGGCUUUGCCGAGUGCGACGACGAGAGUGACGAGCGCGACUGCCCUGUGUGCUCCGACGAGGAAUUCCAGUGCGACAGCAAGCAGUGUGUGGAUAUGACGCUGCGCUGUAACGGCGAAGUCAACUGCCAGGACCGCUCGGACGAGAGCAAAUGUGAAGAUCAGUGCCCCCCGGACCAGUUCACCUGCACCAAUGGCCGCUGCAUUGGCAAACACAAGAAGUGUGACCACAACAUGGACUGCACAGACAACUCGGAUGAACUCGGCUGCUACCCCACCGAGGAGCCUUCUCCGCAGCCGACCAACACCAUCGGCUCCAUUGUGGGUGUGGUGAUGACGUUGUUCGUGGUUGGCGCCGUCUACUUCGUGUGCCAGCGUGUGCUGUGCCCGCAGAUGAAGGACGACGGCGAGACCAUGACCAACGACUUCGUGGUGCAUGGGCCCUCCUCCGUACCCCUGGGCUACGUGCCACAUCCCAGCUCUCUCUCAGGCUCCCUGCCAGGCAUGUCUCGCGGGAAGUCCGUGAUUGGUUCGUUGAGCAUUAUGGGCGGGAGCAGCGGCCCGCCGUAUGACCGUGCCCAUGUAACGGGAGCCUCCUCCAGCAGCUCGUCCAGCACCAAGGGCACUUACUUCCCUCCGAUUCUGAACCCACCCCCGUCACCCGCUACAGUGCGUUCCCAGUACACCGUGGAGUUCGGCUACUCAUCCAACAGUCCAUCCACGCACCGCUCAUACAGCUACAGGCCUUACAGCUACCGUCACUUCGCCCCUCCCACAACGCCAUGCAGCACGGACGUAUGCGACAGCGACUACACGCCGGGGCGUCGCGCCGCUCCGCCCGCCGCCACCAAGGGCUACACCAGCGACCUGAACUACGACUCGGAGCCCUUCCCUCCACCCCCCACGCCUCGCAGCCAGUACCUGUCGGCCGAGGAGAACUGCGAAAGCUGCCCGCCUUCGCCCUACACGGAGCGCAGCUACUCGCACCACCUCUAUCCCCCACCUCCCUCGCCCUGCACAGACUCAUCGUGAGCCCCGCCGCGUGUGGACAAAACCCCGCCCUGCCCGCUGCCACUCCCAUCGGUGUAAAUAGCAGUUGUGCGUACAAAGACUUUUGUGAGAAGAGAGUGACUGAUGCUCACAGCGGAAGGGGUUGGAUGUCGUGUGUGGAGCAGGAAAUAAUAGAAAAGAAAGACACUUUGGUGUGCCCAGUUGAUCAUUGUACAUUAAAAAAAAAAAAAAAAAAAAAUCAUAUUUAUAUAUUUUCUAUACGUUUAUUGGUUAUGCCCUAGAGCUUUGUAUUAUUAAAAGAAAUUUGUACAUUUUUUUAAAAGAAAGUUUUAUUAAAUUCACACAAACGUUGAUAUGUUGCCUUAAUCCAGGAGUUCAGAAUCAAACUACCUUCUUUACAAGACUGAAGGACUUUUAAGAGACAUGGGUCAGAACUGGGUGGUUACAUUUCCGAUGCCAAAUAAUCCAAAAGUGUUCCAACCUGCUCUACGGCCCACGGAGAGGAUGGAUGAGGAAGGACACCGGCUUCCUCUGGUGGCUCUCACUGGUACUACAUGGCAGCUCUGUAGAUGCUGGGCAGCCAUUUUGUCUGAGGCUGAAUUUUGAGCUAGAGCUACUGAUCACCCAGAAUGUGGUCCACCUGGAGCUCUGCUUGGAGCUGGAAGAAGAAAACGGUACUUCUGUUUUUCCACCUCAUUCUUACUUCCCGCCACACUUUUAUUUUGUAAAGGCUCAACGCGGCUCCCUAACACUGGACGAAGUGGAGUGGACUGCAAAGCUAUCAGGACUAGCACUAAUGGAAGAAAAGGGCAGACGGCCAGAGAGCUGGGUGCAAAAAGUGCUGCUGAUGCAGAGCGGCUUCCAGUUUCCCAGAAAGGUUCUGGGUUUGCCACUGAGCCCAUUAAGCAGUGGCUCCAUUUUGGCUCCGAGCAUGCUCCAGUGCAGGCUCCCCCAUUCAGCUCUUGCCAUACACAAGGGGAGACGGGGUGACGCAGCACCCCGCGCCUGUGGUUCGAUGUUUCUGCGGCCUUGAGCAAUCAACCAAAACCUGUGUUUGUGUGUGUGUGUGUGUGUGUGUGCGCGUGCGUGCGUGCGUGUGUGUGUCACGCACCAGGGUACUUUAUCCCUGCAGCCCUCUGCCAUUCGCAUUCAUCUUGCUUUACAGGGGAGAAACAAAGCAACAUCCUGUAAACAAUCAAGAACAACUUAAUCCAUCGUGCCUGACCGGGUAUUACAGUCUCUCAAUCAUUUUGCCCCCCCCCCCGAAUACCAGUGCCCACAAAAUGUCAAGAUAUUUUUGUAACACAUACUGUGUAGAUACUGUAUUUAUAAGCUAUAAAAAUGAAAACCAUUGAAAAUCUCUUCAUGAUAUCCUUGCAGUUGUCUAUACUUAUGCCAUGUGCUUUCAAUACUUGCCUAUUUUUCUAUGAAAUAGCUGAGCUAAAAGGACAUUGACAGUCCCUGAAGAACGAAGGGACACGAAGACUACAAAUCCAGAAGUGCCGCUGCUCCAUUCCAAAAAAUAACGGCUUUCUGGGAAACCAAACGGUCUGGGGUGAAAUCCAGUUGCACAGAUAACUCUGAUUUAACUUUGUGGCCAUUAAGAUCUCUCCAGACUCUGAUUAACAUGGCGGAGGAGAGUCAUUCAGAAGUACUUUUCUGUCCUAUAGGUCUGAGAUGCCAUCAUCCCACUCAGACGCAGUGUGGGGCAAGCCUUUGUUUUUCUCAUCUGUUAUGUGACCAGAGAAGUACACGCCUGCUCUUACUCCCUUAACCCAUGUUAGCACAGGACCUACAUGGAUUAAUCUCGCAAACGUGCUUUUUCUUGAUGGCAGUUCAAAAAGGCUUGGAUCAACACCAUUUCUUUAUGUUCUGUGAUCCAAACAACUUUUUAAAAUCCUGAGAGCCGAACAGGGGCCUGUUCUGUGGAUCGCUCUUCGAGACUGUGACUGUCUUGUCUUUUGCAGUUGUUGAAGCCCAUGCUUUUUCUCAGCCUCAGCUUUCCCAAAUAAGGGAUAUGCAUCAGCACAAAUUACUGCCGUUCUUGCUUUACAAACCACGUCUACCUUCUUUGCCAGAUUGAAGACCUGUGCCAUUACUGAGCCGCUUGCAUGGGGUUAUGUUUGGAGGGUGGAGUUGUCAAUGCAGAUGAGAGGUGUUUAUGCUGUAUGGUCAGGCAUGUAGACGAUCAGCACACGUUCAGGUCAGCUCGCCCUCUGGUCUCACAAGGUGUUCACUGUAGCAGAUUUCCCAUUUUAAUACAUGAUGAACGGUUGGGGUGGCCCAACUAACUAGCUGCUUUAGAAUCGUUCUACUUUUCUCUUAAGUUAGACACACUAACUGUGCCAUUUCUGUGCAGAACACUUCAUGUCUAUAGAAGUUCACCUGGUUCCUGUUCUGAUCCUGUGGGCUUGGACUGCGAACGGGCUUACUCUCUUGACUUUUUUGAAAAAUUUCUACAUUCUCAAUCACCCUGCUGCCUUUUCCCAGGGCCCAUCUCCACUGCAUCUUCACUGUGAUGCACGUCCGAAACAAUCCGAGACCGCCUGUGGCGGUACAAUCAGAGAUGCAUGGCAGUUUGCAGACGUGCCCCAGUUUCCAUGGACCUCCUUUUUAAAUGGUCUCUCCCUGCUGCAAGGGUUUCUGGGUAGUCCCCCCCUCUGUCAUUGGUCAUAUGGCCACCAUCCGGUCAAACCAGCAUUGAUGUCGGGUGAUGUUUUCAUUCUUCUUACUGCACUUUACAGCACAUCUGCUUAGUUACUAGUAAGGCAACACACUAAUCUAAAAACUAUGUGCACGUGUGUGCAUAUGUAUCUCAGAGGGAAAGUAUAGAAAAAAAAAAAGUUCUUGAAAGUAUGAACGUUUAAUUUGCUGCCGUCAUGGAUUUUAUGUAUGUAAGUAGCAAUGUGUCAUGGGGGAAGGGUUAUCAAACUUUGAGGGGCUACCAAAGGUAUGAAACAUGAUCAGGAUCUGAUGUUGCCAUUUGACCUGUUACAGAACAGUUACAGUUCUGUUGGAUGGAAGCAAGGGCCUUUUCUCAGCCUGUGAGGUCAAAGGCCAAUGGGUGGGGGUGAUGAAAUGAUGGCUAGAGAGUAAGUAUGCUGCCAUGGACAGGGAAACCAUUAAUAGCACUUUGGCUUCUGGAUAGAGGGUAAUGGUUGGAGAGCUAGAUGGACAGAAGAAGACAGGUGGGCCUGUUGUUUAAUGUAAGGUUUUAUUUUCUUGUCAUUCAUUGUUUCCUUUUGAUACCAUGGUGCUUUGCAAGGAUGCAUUUAGAGGUGACCAACAUUUGGUUAGUCAUAAUUCAUGUAAUUUCCACAAACUACUUUUUGUACAUUGAUCACUUUACAUGUAAAAACAUUGUAUAAAAUGGACAUGUACAGGCCAUUCAAUAUCAACUAUAAGCUGAUGUAACAAUUGAAAUGUUGAUUUUUUUAAUAAAAAUGAGUGAACAACUAAAA